AUGGCUCCGCCGAGCUCUUGGGUUGACCGGGAGCCUACACUGCACCGCAGCAACCAAACAACCUUUUCCUCACCUGACAGUCAGGUCAACCCACCAGAACCUGUCAAUGCUGAGUUAGUGAAACGGCAUGGUGGCAGAACCUUUUUCCAAUCAGCAGAAGCACACGAUGAAGAAGACCUUGCUGAUGAAGCAGUGUCUACAAAGAAGGCAUCUAAGAAGACAGCAAAGAAUGACAAUACAGGCAAGACAAAGCAGCAUGCAGAUGGAGAAGACCCAGCUGGAGAAACACCGACGGCACUGGCAAAGAAGACGGAGAAACGGCCUGCAAAGAAGGAUGAUACGGGGAAAGACGCCAAGAACAGCACAUGUGAAGAAGCACCCCAUGAUGAGACAGCACCGGUAAGGAAAGCAAGACCGAAGAAUACAGAUAAGCAAGAUGAUGCUGAGCCAGAUGAGGCACCCGCAAAGAAGCCAAAGAAGAAAACUUCAGAGAAUGAUGCUGCACAGACGGGUAAGAAGAAGCCUACAACAGAUGAAGAAGAACCCUGUGUUGAUACGACAGAGAUGUCAGCAAAGCAGCCGAAGAAAAAACUGGCAAAGAAGGCUGAUGAAGGGACGAAGGCACCAGUGGCACAUGCAAGGAAGAUGGAUAAGACGCCUUCACAGAACAAAGAUGAUGCAGAGGAGAGCACGGAGGAAGACUCAGACGACACCACUGAAGCUAUCUGCAAGAUGAUCCAUGAUGGUGAUGGUGAUAGCGCCUCGGAUGAAGAUGAGGCACAUGCUAUUGAGAAAGCGAUGUUUCGACUGAUGGAAGCAGAGGGUUCUAAAGCGGUUCACCUCUUGAAGAAAAUGCUUCUUGACAGAAGGCGACGGGCUCAGCGCAGAGCGAAUGGCAGGAAGACACAGAAGCCAGCCACGGAAGACAUCCCAGAUGGCGCUGAGUCGGCACCAAAAAGAAAGAAACCUUUGGAGGAAGAUGCGGUGAAAAACAAGAAGAAGCCCAAGAAAAAAGAAGACCCCGGCGAUGAAUUGACGAGGAGCAAGAAGAGCAAGAAAGAUGAAGAAGACCCCGCUGAUGAAGUGGCACCAUCAAAGAAGACGAAGGAGGAUAAGUUGACGAGGAGCAAGAAGAGCAAGAAAGAUGAAGAAGACCCCGCUGAUGAAGUGGCACCAUCAAAGAAGGCGAGGGGUGAGACGAAGGAGGAUGAGUUGACGACGAGGAAGAAGAGCAAGAAAGAUAAAGAAGACGUCGUUGAUGAUGAAGUGGCACCAUCAAAGAAGAAGGAGGAGGAGUUGACGAGGAGCAAGAAGAGCAAGAAAGAUGAAGAAGACCCCGCUGAUGAAGUGGCACCAUCAAAGAAGACGAAGGAGGAUAAGUUGACGAGGAGCAAGAAGAGCAAGAAAGAUGAAGAAGACCCCGCUGAUGAAGUGGCACCAUCAAAGAAGGCGAGGGGUGAGACGAAGGAGAAGGGCAAUGAGUUGAGUAGCAGAAAGGAGCAACAGGCAGAUGAAGAGGAUGCUGAUGAAGAAGAAGUGGCAUCCACAAGGACGGCAAAAGGUACAACCCCAGAGAAGGAGGAUGAGAUGAAGAGCAAGGAGAAACAAGCGGUAGAUGGUGAAGGCCCCGCUGAUGAGCAACAAGUGGCACCCGCAAAGAAGAAGAGCAAGACAGUCAAGAAUGGCAAGGAGACCCAAGAAGGUGAGACAUAUGUCACCCCCAAGAAGAGCAAGCAACAUCACCCCGACGAAGCAGACACCCAGGAGCUCGCAACCCCCCCAGUGGCAGAAACAGAGGUUGAUGAGGAGGAUCCUUGGGAGAAUUGGUGGGAUGACGAAGGUUGGGACAUGCGGGAUGAAUACUAUGAGGAACAAGGUGGUGAGUGGGUGGAGGACGAUCCCAGUCAAGAGUUGGAGAGCCAGCUCGAAAAGAACAGUGGGGAAAAGAAGGAUGAGGCAGGGGACCCGGGAAACACACAACAGCUCAAGCUCCCUGAUAUGAGAUCCGUUCAGUUUUACAAACCUUUAGGUUUCACCAAGCCCACCAUUAAAGGGGGUGCGCCCAGCCCGAAGCAACAGAUCACGCUGACAAACAUGAAGUCCGUCCGCUUCCAUCACCCUUUUGAGGAUGCAGGGCACCCUUCGAACGAAGGGACCACACCAGGCGGGGGGGGUGUGGAAGCCCUGCAGCUACAACUGAACCGACCAGCUCCCCAACAAGUGUUGUGGAGAGUUCCCAUGACCCAGCUGAAGGGAAGAAUUGCAGAUGGCCAUGGCACUGUGAAGCUCCGGCUUGCAGUUCGCGACACCGAUGGCAAGCUUCGUCGAGCCGGCAGCCCCAGAAAGUCCUCAUUGCAGCCACAUGAGGUCAAAAAUUUGAGCCCUGAGCAAAAGGAAUGCCUCCAACAGCUCACCAAUGCGGGGUUUCAGCUCUUGAAGGAGUGGCUUUGCGCUGACGAAAUGCGUGAUGUGAACUUGGAAGGCAGCAUCGAACAGUCCAAGAAAGACCAAAACUACGAAGUCUUUGUGGAAAUGACGUUGCUUGAUAUCGAAGCCAAGUAUGGCGGCACUGAGUCUGGAAGGAAGUUCAUCGACAAGUUGAAAGCAACUCAGAAGGGCCGGGCGCACCCUGACCCUGGAUUCAAAAAAGAUAAGAACAUGCGUUUGUACAAGAUCUUCAAACAUGUUGAGCACAAAAGUGGGCACGAGAACACAGCAAGCACCAAGAUCUAUGCAACUGGAACCCUACCUACUGGGCCUGGUGGGGUGGAUGGUGAAACUGAACCUGCCACGAGCACUGCCCCUGCCACCGGCACGGGUGCUGUGCCUGCCACGGGCGCUGCGCCUGCCACGGGCACGGGUGCUGCGCCUGCCACGGGUGCGGCUUUGGCCAUCACUGGGUCUGGGGCUGUGGUUGCUACAGGGGAUGCCAGUAGCACCAAUGAAUGCCCACGCAUGGCAUUGGGAACCAUGCUGGAUCAAAUGGCUGUUGUGGGUCCCAAACAUGAAAAGGCAAAGAAGGCGGAGAAAUCGGAUGAUGAAGAUUCAGAUUCAGAAAGUGACAGUGAAGGAGAUGGAAAGAAAAAAACAAAAGAAUAA